UUGGUAAAAGACCACGAUGUCGUUUAUAUAGCAAACAUGGACUUUUACCAUGGUAACGUCAGCCUAAAAUAUGUUCUGUCUCUCUAACUCAAUGCAUUCCAAUUGCCCGCUAUUAACUUCCUGGAACUAUUGAGGUCUACAUUAAUCACGUGACGAUCGAGCGUUUUGAACUUCCGUUGUCGCAACUCUGUCUCUGGUGUUGGAGACAGACACGAUGACGUCAGCGACGCCUUGCUCCAGACGCUCGUGUCCGCGCAACCGUGAACGAGCCCGAGAGGAAGAAAAACUCUCGCACGCUUGCAAACGGGGUCACGAACUAUGACCUUUCACUGGAGUAAAACAAUAACAAAUAAUGUGCAAUAAACCCGAGAGCAAAAAAACUGCGCCCGUCCGUAUCACAGGUGGCACAUCUGGCAGAUGCAGAGCUGGCCUUUGUCCAAUCAGACACUUCUAAUGACUUCACUUCACCAUGACAACCAAUGUGGAGGUGCUGGCUCAGCAGAUAUUGACCACUGAGCAGGUUUCAGAGGUACAGUCAUCUGCGUCAGACAGCUCAGUGAUGAGCUCCUCUCCCCAGCGCAUUCAGAUCAUCUCCACUGACCCCUCUGUCACAACCCCCCAGAGAAUACAGGUUCACACACAAGCGCACACACACAUGCUUUAUCGUAGAUGGUGCACUAACACAUUCAGACACACUCACACUGUUUCUCUUUUUCAGAUAGUCACUGAGCAGCAGACGGGUCAAAAAAUCCAGAUAGUGACAGCACUGGACUCCACUGUGCCCAAACAGCAAUUUAUCCUGGCAGCACCGGAUGGCUCUUCAGCAGGCAAAGUCCUCCUGGCAUCACCUGAGGGUACUAGUGCCAAGCAGCUUAUCUUUGCCACUGCUGACAGCCUGGUGCCUGGACGAAUUCAGUUUGUAACAGAUGCAGUGUCAGUGGAGAGGCUUCUGGGUAAAGGGGCAGACAUGAGCCGAGCCCAGCCUAUAGAAUACUGCGUGGUGUGUGGAGAUAAAGCCUCAGGGAGGCAUUAUGGGGCGGUCAGCUGCGAAGGGUGUAAGGGAUUCUUCAAGCGAAGUGUGCGCAAGAGUCUGACGUACAGCUGCCGCAGUAACCAGGACUGUGUGGUCAACAAACACCAUCGCAACCGCUGCCAGUUCUGUCGUCUCAGGAAGUGCUUGGAGAUGGGCAUGAAGAUGGAAUCUGUACAGAGCGAGAGGAAACCCAUUGAUCUUCCUAGAGAAAAACCUGCCAACUGUGCAGCAUCCACAGAGAAAAUCUACAUCAGGAAAGACCUGCGAAGUCCCCUCAUCGCAACACCGACCUUCAUCUCUGAGAAAGACGCCUCACGGUCCAGGCUGUUGGACUCUGGGAUGCUUGUCAAUAUCCAACAACCUUUAAUACAAGCUGAUGGCACAUUACUAUUAGCAACAGACAAAGCAGAAUCAGGACAAGGUGAUCUGGGGACGCUGGCUAAUGUGGUUACAUCAUUAGCCAACCUGAAUGAUCCGGUUAGUAACGGAGAGAUGACAGACAGUCAGCUGGAGGAAUCACCCAGUGAAAUCACACGUGCCUUUGACACGCUAGCUAAAGCUCUGAACCCCAGUGAGGUGGUGGAAGGCCAGAGCUCGUCAGAGGUGGAUGGGGUGGGUGGAGCAACAAUACAGGUGAUCAGCAGGGAUCAAAUCACACCACUCAUAGAAGUUGAGGGACCUCUGCUUACAGACACACACAUCAGCUUUAAGUUGACGAUGCCAAGCCCAAUGCCCGAGUAUCUGAAUGUGCAUUAUAUCUGUGAGUCUGCAUCACGCCUGCUCUUCCUCUCCAUGCACUGGGCGCGCUCUAUUCCAGCGUUCCUUGCUCUCGGGCAGGAAUGUAACACAGCUCUGGUGCGAGCAUGCUGGAAUGAGUUGUUUAUUCUGGGGCUGGCACAGUGCACUCAGAUCAUGAGUCUGUCCACCAUCCUUGCUGCCAUCGUCAAUCAUCUGCAGUCCAGUAUCCAGGACGACAAGCUAUCGAGUGAACGCAUUAAACUAGUCAUGGAGCACAUAUGGAAGCUGCAGGAGUUCUGCAACUGCAUGGCAAAGCUGCAGACAGACGGAUAUGAAUAUGCCUACUUAAAAGCCAUUGUCUUGUUCAGUCCAGAUCAUCCAGGCUUGAGCAGCUGUAGCCAAAUUGAAAAGUUCCAGGAAAAAGCGCAGAUGGAACUCCAGGACUAUGUGCAAAAGACCUAUCCCGAUGAUACCUACAGGUUGGCCCGAAUCCUGUUGCGUUUACCAGCGUUGCGGUUGAUGAAUUCCAAUAUAACUGAGGAGCUGUUUUUUACUGGCCUUAUUGGAAAUGUACCGAUCGACAGUAUCAUCCCAUAUAUCCUUAAAAUGGAGACUGCAGACUACAACAGCCAAAUCACAAGUCCCUCUGUGUGAUCGCGCUCUGACUCUCAUUUCAUUUUGACCUUCAGACUGAAGUCAUGCAAGUCCCAUCAUCCCUUGCCCUCACGGCGACUCAAAUAUAUCACAUUAUUUUGAAACGACCAACAAGCUCUACCUCAAGAGGAGCUGCAACAGUGAAAGCCUUUCAGUAUGUGACCGUUACCCUAGAAAUAUUGUGUUGUAGUUUACAGAGAGAUGCAUUAUGGGACUAGUUCCAAUGACAGGACAUUUGCCUCGAAAAUUAAACAAAGGCCUUUCUUUUUUUAAACCUUAAUUUAAAAACACUUGAGCACUUCAUGAUGAUUCCAAUGGAAACAAUCCAAGACAAACUUUUGAAACCCCCAAAUUCUCCCAAUACAGUUUUUUUUUUUUUUUUUUUUACUUUACUUUACUUACGAGGAUAAUAUCUACAACAAUGGACUUUUCCAGUGGAAGAUGUGAUUCUUGGUUGAAUGUAACAGUUAACAUCAAGACAGUUUGCUUCUCCAGAUCCCUGAAAAGCUACUCAUUCAUUUUUCUCAUUGAUAAAGCAGUUAUUGAGUAGAAUGCUAAUUUUCUGUGUCCCACAGAUCAUGUACUUUGUACUGUCACUUCUGCCGUUAUGACAAUCAGCCUCCUUCUCCUCAAUAUCAUGUUUUCCCUUCAAACUCAUGUAUUUAUUUCAUUGAGUCUAACUCUAUAGUUCAUACAAAUGUAGAUAAUCUGAUUUGCUUGGUUUCAAAAAUCAUUGUUAUUAAAUGAUAUAUAGGAAGUAUUUGAUCUGUAUCUUUAUAGCAUUCGACUGCUGCUGCAAUGUACAAAAGGUGUCAUUUUCAGAUGUAAUAUAUCCACAAUCUUGAUGGUUUAAUGCACAUAGAUUACUAAUUUGCUUUUUAUUUGCAGAUAUGUGCACAGAUCGUCCUAGUUUCUAAGUGAGUUUCUAAUUUUAUUGUCAUUUCAAAAACUACAAAAUGUCUCAUUUUGUCCUAAUUGUAAGAAAAGUAUUGAUAUGCACUUAUGAAUUUUCAUUCAUAUAAAUAAGUGCAUGUCAAUACUUUUCUUACAAUUAGGACAAAAUGAGACAUUUUGUAGUUUUUGGGAGUAAAUAUACUCCCAAACUACAGUAUUGGUUAGCCACAUUGCAUUUUAUGUCCCAAUGAACUAUAAUAAGAUAAACCACAAAACGGCAGAAGCAUUUGCAUGCUCUCUAAUUAAAUUUCAAUUGAAUUUUUGUUUGGAAUCACCACCAACUGCGCAACUGUGCAGUCUGCCUAAGAUCUGUCCAAAAUGUGCCUCAUAUAUUUGAAAACCUACAAAUGCAUGCUUCUUUUCUGCAGCAGGAGCAUCACUAAACAUGUUUGAGUCUAAGUGAAUUUCACCAAUUUCUUGUGAAACAAGUAAAAAAAAAAAAAAAUUUCAAGACUUUCAAUGACUUUUACCAUUGUUACAAACUUUACUGUAAAGAGACGGCUGUUGAAUAGAUGUCCAUUGGAUAAUAUGUAGAUUAUAUUCGAGAGAAUAUUCACUUCUUGCAAAUGAACAUACAAACUGACAUCAACCUUAAUCAUCAGCAAUGUCAAAAUUAUUCUUUAGAAUUUGCUUAAACCCUCCUUUACAGUUUGAACCUGUGUUAUAGAUGCGGUUUCUGUUUCCCAUAUGUUUUAUUGUAUAAGGUUUAUUGUUAUUUUAGUAUUGGUUCAGAAGUCAUCUCUACUUAAUCUCAGUGAUUUUGUCCAAAACCCUAGUUGUUGUUUCAAAAAUACGCCCCCCACAAACUGUUUUAUAUGGUUUUAACACCGGCAGGCAGUUAUUUUACGCAAAAUUGUAUAUGUAUUUAAAAAUGCCUAAUAUUUUUUAUUUCAGUCUGUCAAUGACUGGUUUAUAGGUGUUGUAAUGCCAUGCUGUAAUUCUAAUCAUCUUUGUUUUCAUCUGUCUGUGAGACAAUAAGAAAACUGUGCAUGAACUAGCUUAUAAAUUUUAUUAAAUUCUA